GCCCCCGCGGCUGCCGCAGCCGCACAGAGCUCCCAGCGAGGGCCGGGCUGGUGCUGCCGCAUGGCCCCCCCGCUGCAGGGCUGCUGCAGAACUGGCACGGCUGCGGGGUGUGUGUGUGUGUGUCCGUGUCCCACCCCAGUGCUGUGCCCCCGCGGGUGGGAAUGGCCUAUCUGCAUUGCUCCCCCCCCCACCCCCUCCGCAGCCCCCCCGCGUGCACUGCCCUCUCUCUGUGCAUUGCCCCGCGGCUGCAGUGCCCUCCAUGUGCGUCCUGCCCUUCGUUUCCCCCCCGAGGUGGCUGUGCUCGCAGGGCUGUGCAUUCAGGAGGAGCCCAGUGUUACCCCUGACCCACGAGCUGCCUGCUGUGGGGCUGCCAGGACCCCCACUCCCCAUUCUGUGCUGCUCUGUGCUUCCCUCCCAGACCCAGCCCUCAUCUGCACGGUCUGCAGCAACCUAAAAAUAACACACCCCCCCCGCAGCCCUUUGCCUGGGGGGGUUCUGGGAUGGAGCUGCAACAAAACACACCUCAGGCUGUCCCGGGGUGUUCGUCUGUGCCGCAGAGCCCAGCAGGGCUGCGAAUGCGGCUUCCUAAUAAAGACCGCAUCCAAUUAUGAGCUGAGCCCUCGGAGCGCGCGGAGGGGAUGCAGGGGAUGCGGCAGAGCUGCAGCGGCUGCCAUCACUGCUGUCACGUGCCAGCUCCUUGCGCGCAUCGAGCGCAUGGAAAGGAGAGUGCAGCUGGUGAAGAAGGACACCGAGAGAGAAAAGCACAGGAUCUUCCAGGGCUUCGAGGUGGACGAGAAGGCCGAAGCAGAGGUGUGUGAGAAACUGCCGCUGGAAUGCCCACAGGAGCUGCUGGAGCCCUCACAAACCCUGCAGCCCAAGCACUUCCCCUACGGCCGGAACGGGAAGGGGCACAAAAGGAAGCCGACGUUCGGGAGCGCAGAGAGGAAAACGCCCGUUAAGAAGUUGGUGUCUGAGUUCUCAAAGGUGAAGGGUAAAACUCUGAAGCACUCACCGGUGAAGGAGGAGUCGAGUGGUUCUUUGUCCGAAACUGUUUGCAAACGAGAACUGCGGAGCCAAGAGACUCCAGAAAAAACCAGGUCGCUGCUGGAGACCCCGCUCAGACCCUCCGCCCCACUGAAGGGCCCCAGCAGCCACCCCAAGGAAAAGGGCUUCUUCAGCGAGAUAGACGACCUGCCCUACCUUUCCACCACGGAAAUGUACUUGUGUCGCUGGCAUCAGCCCCCCCCAUCACCGUUGCCGUUACGAGAGCCCUCCCCAAAGAAGGAGGAGACUGUAGCAAUUCCAUCUUGGAGGGACCAUGUUGUGGAGCCCCUGCGAGACCCCAACCCCUCAGAUAUCCUGGAGAACCUCGAUGACAGCGUGUUUUCCAAACGGCAUGCGAAACUGGAGCUGGAUGAAAAACGAAGGAAAAGAUGGGACAUCCAGAGGAUCAGGGAACAAAGAAUUCUACAGCGACUGCAGCUCAGAAUGUACAAAAGGAAAGGAAUUCAGGAGUCGGAGCCUGAAGUUACCUCAUUUUUCCCUGAGCCGGAUGACGUGGAAAGCUUGCUGAUCACCCCCUACCUGCCUGUCGUUGCCUUCGGCCGCCCCUUACCCAAACUGACCCCACAGAACUUCGAGCUGCCCUGGCUGGAUGAGCGCAGCCGCUGCCGGCUGGAGGUGCAGAAGAAGCAGACUCCCCACCGGACCUGCAGGAAAUAGCAGCGCAGCGGAGCCGGGAGCUCUGUACGUUGCCGAGUCCCUGCCCUCUUCGUUCUUGUUCAGGGCUGGUUUUGUUCCCUCCAUGCCCUGGUUUCGUUCUCUCGUUUUCUUUUCAACACGUUUCAGACUCGUC